GGUAGGUACAUUGAUAGCUUGCUGGAGAGUUCCCACUAUAAAAAGGACGCCAAACACGUGAUAACCAAGAGAACCUCAAACCUAUUAGGGCUCUCCCUUUUCUCUUGAAACUCAUCACCAUUACAAAAACACGACUCGGAUUGAUUCCGUUUGCAAUACACCAUGGAUUGCCAAUAACACAUAGUAACGUAUGAAAAUAUCCGUUGCUACCUAAUUUUGGGCAUAUAUUCGACCACGUUACCAAAAAUUUCUCUUAUCAACUGGUUUCGUCUCCCUAGACGUUUAGUCCGCGGAUGACACUGCGGAAGAAUUAAUAAAGGAAAGAAUAAGAAAAUGGGACACGAGAUGUCGAGCUCUGGAAACUCCUCUACGGUGCCGGACUCGCUGAUCAGCGCCGAUGACGGCCGCCGGUACUGGUCGGGCAUUGACGCCGACGUUAACGGCAUGCUGGGCGGCUACCCCGGCGUCUCACGCAUCGACUUAAGGACCUCGGGGAGCUUUCUUGCCAAACUCGGGCUUGGCCGCACCAAGGGCCAGAAGAAUGUGAAGAGGGCAGUUGAGGGCGGUGCAGGGAUCGGACGCAUAACGCAAGGCCUGCUCCUGGAGGUCGCCGAGACGGUCGACGUGGUCGAGCCGAUCGCCAAGUUCACGGCCGCGCUCGAGGGCCGGCCGGGCGUCGGCCGUAUCUACAACGUCGGGCUCGAGGAGUGGCGCCCCGAGGAAGGCGCUACGUACGACCUGGUGUGGAACCAGUGGUGCGUCGGACACCUGACCGACCUGCAGCUCGCGGCGUACCUGAGGCGGUGCGGCGCCGCGCUGAGUGUGGGCGACGACGGAAAGACGAAAGGGGUUAUUGUGGUUAAGGAGAACUUGAGUACGGCUGGGAGGGAUUUGUUUGAUGAGCUGGAUAGUAGUGUUACGAGACAAGACGAAACGUUCAGGCAGAUUUUUGAGAAGGCGGGAUUAAGUAUAGUUAGGACGGAACUACAGCACGGGUUCCCUGAAGACCUGUAUCCCGUACGCAUGUACGCGCUGAGGCCUAAGAAGACCUAAUUCAGAACUGAAGUAAAA